GUUCACUGAUCAGAGAUCACAUUGGAGCUAGCGCGCCGGAACACUUCUAGUGGCUCCCCCCACUCCAAUCCAAUUCUACGCUGCAGCAUGCCUCUCCUCCUGCUGUUGCUGCAGGACGUUGGGCAGAUAUACGAGCUGCGCCGUGUCCACUGACAUCACGCCUCACAGUCGCAUCGCUGCGUCUUGAGUCCCCCUUAGAUUAUUAUCUCCGAUAUCCACGCACACAGCAUGCCCCUGGAUACCGACGACUUGGGCGAAGUCCCGCAAGCUUCCUCGUCGUCGAAUGCCCUAACGCAGCAACCACGCGUGCGACGGCGCGCUAGGAAGCGCAAUGGACCACCCCAACUCCAGUUUCUGACUGCGACCGACCCCUCGCAGUUUAAAGAUGAGAACGCCAAACGCAGCGUGCGGUCGCAGGCCAUGAUACAAUAUCGAUACCGGGCAGAGCAACAGAAACAGAAAGGGAAGGAGCCCUCGGAACGCAGUCCUGUUUCUGUGGCAAGACCGCCAGUGGCAGAGCGCAUCGCGCCGGUAGUGACGAACGAGCCGCCAUGGCAGAGCCGACCCAGCACUCUUAUGGCGCGCGUGCUGGAUGCGGAACAGGAGCAGGAGCACCUCUAUUCUUCUACUUCGGCCGCCUGGAUGGGAUUGAACAUAGACGAGGGCCUGGGAGACUCGCCCCGGCUCCCUUCGCACGAGACUUCUCUCACUCUCGCUCCGUCUUCCCGAUACCAUCGAGCUCUAUCUGUUAUCCCUCUUCACGAUGCUGCGCAAAAAAUAUCAGACUACGAAGACAGUGACAAACACGAAGACACCCUGAUGCGAAUGCUGUGCGCGAAGCUCGCCACAGUCGUGCAUCUGGGAGACGGUGUAGAUCCGUUCAGUGUCAUACCGCAGUUUGAGAGCCCUGAAUUGGACUCGCUAUAUCUCGUCCGAAAAUGUAAUCGCGCAUUUGUAUCGAAAGCCACCAUGGUAAAAUGGAUGCCCUCGAUGCUGGCGCAUCCGCACUCGUUGCUGAGCUCCACCAUCUUGGCAUCAACUUAUCUCGACAUGCAUGCAGGCUGUUCUGGUGAUAGCAAACGUACAGUCCUAGUCAAGGGCGAGGUCAUUGGAUGGAUCAACGAAAGACUGCGCAACGCUGAGACUCAGUUUUCCGACUUGACGCUCACGGUCAUUCUCCAUCUUCUCGCAGGAGAAAUGUGGAGUUGUAACGAGAAGACCCUCCGCAUCCAUGAAUCCGGCGUCGCCAGACUCAUUCUGCAACGGGGUGGCAUGGAGAGCCUCGGUGGCAAUGGAGCUCUUGGAGAAGUGGCUGCUGCCUGCUGCUUCCACACCGACAUUUUCUGCGAAGCCACACCGCAUUCAAUUUUCCAGUGUUGGGAACCUACUGAAUUUGCCCCCGUCGAGGACAGCGCUGCUAUCCCAGAAUCGCCGCUGUUCUGUCCGAGAAGCGAGUUCUUCACAAUCGCUCGGAGCCAAUAUUGCUCGGAAACUACAUUCGACCUCUUGUGCGACAUGCGAGAUCUCACAGACCUAUUCGUUAGCUAUCACGGGUCCCUCGACACAGCCCUCGACGUCGAGUCACCCUCAGACAGAACCUGUUUAGUACCCUCCUCAUCAGAAUACGACACUAAAGUCUCUGCGAUCUGUGCCCGCCUAGCCGCCCUCCCAUCUGCCUACACCCCUGGCAUCCCCAUAACAAACGACUGGGUUUACGAAACUUGCCGCAUUGCCUCCAUCAUCUACGCCUCUGCAAUCCUCUACCAUAUCCCCUUCUCGGUUGCCUCCGAACCAGGCCGCUCACCCCUCCUCUCCAACUCCGUUUCCCUCACAAACUCUACAGCAGGCGGCCACCUCCUAACAACCCGGCUAACCGACGCCCUGUACGAAACACUGGAGAAGACUAAUCUGGGUGAUGUCUGGGGUGGCAUGUCGGGGGUCUUGUAUUGGGUGACGCUAGUUGGUGCGGCGGCGGCAAGAACGCCGGUGAGUGUUAAUAUGACGCAGACGCCGAAAAGUAGGACGGAGGCAUAUGCCACGUGGGUGAGGAGGUGCCUGAUUAUGUUUGCGACUAGGGCGAUGAUUGUGCUGGUUUUUGAGCAUCCGUUGCCGGUUAUUAUGGCACAGAGAAAGAUGUUGAAGGUGCAAGAGUUGACGGGGAGUGCGGGUGCGAGAAGGCUGGUUCCGUAAGUCGGACCUACGAAAUACCGUACUUACGAAGGUGAGGGCAUCAUCAGCAUCACCACAUUCACAUUUCAGGAUUCUCGUGGUGGCAGUCCGCCAUCUCUCCAAGAGCGACUGAGAUUCAUGGGACCCAAUGGGAUGCACCGGAUUUGCCUGCCGAAGGCACCAUAACGCCGGGCCAAUCACAGAGGACGCCUUCAUCUUCUGCCACAUGCAAGCACAUGUCGUCGCCUCAUUCCACUCAACUCUAG